AUAACGACUGAGUGGUGUGCGUGUCCCCAGUUCUCUUUACUUCUCUCGCUUCUGUUAGCUCUCGCGUUGCCAGAGUCUAUCAGUCGCAUUCGUAUGAGAAAUGGAGCUUGAACAGCCAACAACGCAGUCGAAUUCCGACUCAGAAAGAAAAUCUAAAGAAAUUAGUAAUGUAACUGGGAAUCAUAGCGAUGCUCAUAUAAAUGGUAUGUCAAAUGGAUUUGAUAAAAAAAAAGAACAUAAAUCUGAACAUAGGGAUAAGGAUAAAGAACGAUCUCAUAAAUCAGAUCAUAAAGACAAAGAGAGAAGCAAAGAGAAAGACAGAAAUCAUAAGAGUGAGCAUCGGGAUAAAGAAAAAGAUAAACAUAAACAUAGUUCAAGUUCUAUUAAAGAAAAGGAUAAGCAUGAUGGUAGCAACAAUAACAAAGACAAGGAGAAAGAUAGAAAAAGUAGUUCAUCGUCCAGUAAAGAUAAAGAGCAUAAAAGCAGUAGUUCCUCGAGCAAGGAUAAAGAGAAAGAUAAAAGUAAAGAUAAAGAACAUCAUCACAAAUCUAGUUCUAGUUCCAGUUCUAAGGAUAAAGACAGGCAUCACAGUAGUUCCAAGGAUAAAGAAAGUAAAGAGAAAGACAAAGAUAAAACCAAGGAUAAAGAUAAAUACAAACAUAAUUUAAGUUCAAGUUCUAGAGAAAAAGAGAAAGAGAAAUCUGCAUCUAAAGAUAAAGAAAAGGAGAAGAAACAUUCAUCAGAUAAAGAUAAAGAAAGACAUUCCACCUCCCAUGCAAAUGACAAAGAAAAACAUCGCUCCUCAGAAAAAGACAAAGACAGGCAUAGUUUAUCAAACAAGGAUAAACAUCGUCAUGAUAAAGAUAAAGAUCGGCAUCGUCAUGACAAAGAAAAAUCAAAACAUAGAGAAGAAAAGGAUAAGAAAGAGAAGGAUAAAGAAGAAAUUAAAGUAAAAGAGGAAGUAAUGGAUGUAAAACCUAAUCAUGUUGAAAACAAUGAAUUUCAUUACAAUGCUGGUCAAGUUUUGAAGCAUGAAAUAAAAGAUGAACCUAUUUCACAAAUUGAACCGGAAGAUGAUGAUGAUAGUGGUGGAGAACAGCCAUUAUACAUCAAAGAAGAAGAAGAUGAGGAGCCUAUGAACGAAGAAGAAGGUAGUAUGGAUUCAACUGAUGGGAAUGAUACAAGACUCUCAGAUCUCCAUAACACAACUCUUAAAACUGAAGAAGAAUCAGAUGAAGAUCUGCCAUUGAACUCGAGAUCUGUAGCCCGCGUGAACGUUAAAAGAAGAAUAGCCUCGGAAGAAGAAGAGGAAGACGAUGUUCCGCUCUCAGCACGCAAAAAGACCAAGAAAAAUGAUGUAAAAAUUAAAAAAAAGAAGCGAAAACAUGGAGAUGAUGAAGAUGAAGAAGAAAUUGAACAAAAACCAAAGAAGAAAGGUGCAAGAACAUCAAGAGGCGAAAAUUCGAGUCCAAGGAAGAAAAAGCAAGAGGAAGAACAGGAAGUUUGGAAAUGGUGGGAAGAAGAAAAGAAAAAUGAUGGGACAAAGUGGACAUUUUUGGAACAUAAAGGACCAGUAUUCGCACCUGCGUAUGAGCCACUUCCUCCCGACGUGAAGUUUUAUUAUAAUGGAAAAGAAAUGAAAUUAAGUCAAGAUGCAGAGGAAGUUGCAACUUUCUAUGCACGCAUGUUAGAUCAUGAUUACACUACAAAACCAGUAUUCAAUUCUAAUUUCUUUCACGAUUGGCGAGAAGUAAUGACUGAAUCAGAAAGAGCUAAAAUAGAAGACUUAAGUAAAUGCAAUUUUAAGGAAAUGCAUGCAUAUUUCCUUCAAAAAAGCGAAGAACGAAAGCAAAUGACAAAAGAAGAAAAGCAAAAGAUAAAAGAAAAGAAUGAAGAAAUUCAAAAAGAAUAUGGUUUUUGUACAAUUGAUGGACAUAAAGAGAAAAUAGGUAAUUUCAAAAUUGAACCUCCCGGAUUGUUCAGAGGUCGUGGUGAGCAUCCUAAAAUGGGCAAACUGAAGAAAAGGGUAAUGCCUGAAGAUAUUCUUAUUAAUUGUUCCAAAGAUUCGAAAAUACCUCAGCCACCAUCGGGUCACAAAUGGAAAGAAAUUCGACAUGAUCCUAAUGUUACUUGGCUUGCAUCUUGGACAGAGAACAUUCAAGGACAAGUGAAAUACGUCAUGCUUAAUCCGUCGAGUAAGCUUAAAGGAGAAAAAGACUGGCAAAAAUAUGAAACUGCCAGAAAAUUAGCGCAGUCUAUAGAUAAAAUUCGUGCAGAAUAUAGAGAAGAUUGGAAGAGCAAGGAAAUGCGUAUAAGGCAAAGAGCUGUUGCCUUGUAUUUUAUAGAUAAAUUAGCUCUAAGAGCUGGUAAUGAAAAGGAUGAAGAUCAGGCUGAUACUGUAGGUUGUUGUUCCUUACGAGUGGAACACAUUUCGUUGCAUGAACAAAAAGAUGGAAGAGAAUAUGUAGUUGUAUUUGAUUUCUUAGGUAAGGAUUCUAUAAGAUAUUACAAUGAAGUGCCAGUAGAAAAGAGGGUAUUCAAAAACUUACAACUUUUUAUGGAGAAUAAAUCACCAAGUGACGAUCUUUUUGAUCGUCUCAAUACAACUGUUAUGAAUAAACAUUUAAAUGAAUUGAUGGAAGGUCUCACUGCUAAAGUAUUCAGAACAUAUAACGCUUCGUGGACGUUACAACAACAAUUGGAUAAAUUAACAAACCCCGAUGAUUCAGUAGCUGAAAAAAUUUUAUCGUACAAUAGGGCAAAUCGAGCAGUUGCAAUUCUAUGUAACCAUCAACGUUCAGUGCCUAAAACUCACGCAAAAUCUAUGGAAAAUCUUAAAACUAAAAUAGAAGCUAAAAAACAGGCCAUAGCCGACGCAGAACUUGCUGUAAAAGAUGCUAAACGUAACGCAAAACAUGGAUCUGUUAAGGAAAAAGAAAUAUAUGAAAAGAAAAAGAAAGCUCUAGACAAGUUAAAGGAGCAGUUGACAAAGUUGGAAGUCCAAGCAACAGACAAGGAGGAAAACAAAGAAAUUGCAUUAGGCACUUCCAAGCUGAAUUAUCUAGAUCCUAGGAUUAGUGUUGCAUGGUGCAAGAAGAAUAACGUCCCUAUUGAUAAAAUUUAUAAUAAAACUCAAAGGGAUAAAUUCAGAUGGGCUAUAGACAUGGCAGGACCUGAUUAUGUCUUUUAACCCUAUAGAAGGUUGACUGUUUUGCAAAAAAAAAACUCCCACUGAUUGUAUUUAGUGAAUUUUUCGUUUUAAUAACAGGAAGAAAAGUAAUGGUAUAAUUUUCUAUAUUUACAAAAAAUAAAUGUGAAAGUGCGAGGACAUAUUUUAUAUAGAACACUACGUUAAACUUCGGUAAUGACUUUAUAUUCAAUAUGUAAUUAACACAUAUUCGUAGUAGUCUAGUGCUGAUCGCUUAGCAAUCAUUGCGUGAAAAUUUUAGCGGUCGUAUUUGCAUAUAGACGUUUAAUUAAUCUUAUAAAUAUUAGGAAUGAAAAUUUAAUAGUUUGAUGAAAAUUUAAAUUCUCUAGGUAGAAAUUUAUAAUUAUCAAUUACAAAAAUCAAGCGAGAUUUGUUCAAGUGACCUAAAUUUAGAGGUAUAUAGCUCAGUUACUUCAUUAGAAGAAAAAUUUUACUACCUCUAAAUUUAGAAGUACACAAAAAACAUAAGCUGUUGCAUUGUAAAUAGAUCUAUUCAUGAAAACAUUGCCAGCUAAUUUAAAAGUAUAGUAAGUUGAUAAAAAAACGCAUUUUUCAAACAACCAUUUAAUUUUAUGUUCCUUUAGUUUGACAAUUUUCUUAUGAAGGUACGAUAUCAUUACUGAAGAAAUUAUUUGUAUUGUGCAUUAUGAUAUUAUAAAAUAUUAGUCUUGCGCUCUGUGCAAAGUUAUUAGGGUCAACGUUAUUAAAUUAAAAAUUGUGAGUUUAGUAAACUUGAUUGGAACAAAUUGUCCCAAAAAAUCAUUAUUACGACAUAGUAAUGUAUUUAAAAACUAGAUCAUCGCUCUUAGCGAUUUAUGUUUUAUAAAAUAAUGUUUAGAUCAUAAUAAAUGUGAACACAGUGUAUCCUUAA